AUGAACCCGAAGAAAUGUGCCUUCGGCGUCACCGCCGGGAAUUUCCUCGGUUUCUUGGUUCACCAACGAGGAAUCGAGGUAGAUAAAAGUAAGGCUACGGCCAUUAUGGCGGCCCCUCCACCGAAGACUAAGAAGGAGCUCCAGUCCUUCCUCGGUAAGGUGAACUUUUUACGGCGUUUCAUAUCCAAUCUGGCAGGGAAGAUCCGGCACUUGUCUCCCUUGCUCAAACUGAAAGACACAGAGCGGUUUGUAUGGGGGACAGAGCAUCAAGCGGCCCUUGACGACAUCAAGAAAUAUUUGUCCCAACCACCAGCCCUUAUGUCGCCAAAAAGAGGGAAACCCUUGAGGCUUUACAUUUCGGCUUCAGAGGGCUCUAUCGGCUGUCUAUUGGCUCAGAACAACGAGUUUGGACGAGAACAAGCGGUGCAUUAUCUAAGCCGUACCCUGAACACGGCCGAACUAAACUAUUCACCGAUCGAGAAAUUGUGCCUAGCGCUUUAUUUUGUGGCCACCAAGCUGCGGCAUUAUAUGCUUCCUUCGGUCGUUCAAAUCAUUUCCAGGACCGAUCUCAUCAAAUAUAUGCUUACUCGGCCGAUCAUACGCGGCCGAAUUGGGAAGUGGACAAUGGCAUUGUCCGAAUUUACCUUUCAAUAUGUGGCUCAGAAGUCGGUCAAGGGUCAGGCGUUGGCCGAUUUCUUGGCUCAUCACCCGGCCCAGGGGCAGGAGGAGGAGUUGGAGGUCGAGAUCGGUAUGGCCCGCAUGGAAAAGAAUUAUUUGACCAUGCACUUCGACGGCUCCAGUACCGAGGCCAGGUCAGGAGCCGGAGUCGUGAUCGAAUCCCCUCAAGGGCAAAAAUGGCAGUUCGCAUUCAAACUCGACUUCAAAUGCACCAAUAAUCAGGCCGAAUACGAAGCACUCAUCAUCGGUCUCGAGAUUUUGAAAGAAAUGAAGGCAACCCGUGUUUUGGUUUACGGCGACUCUCAGCUGGUGAUUAACCAACUGACCGGGGAAUACCAAUGGACGAGCGAGAAUUUAGCCAUGUAUUAUGUGACGGCCCUCAACACGGCCAAUGGAUUUUCCAGAAUUUCCUUCGUUCAUAUACCGCGCGUCGAGAACGGCGAGGCCAAUGAGAUGGCCCAGGUAGCAUCAGGUGUAAACAUCCCAAACACCGACCACGAUCGCUUGAUAAGGAUCGAGAGGCGUACCUUGCCAGCUUUGGCCGAACGUGGGAUGGCAGCGCAAGUGUCUUCGGCUGAUAUCACCGACGAGAUUAACAUGACCGAGGCCGACUGGCGCUAUCCCAUAGUGAAAUAUUUGCGUAACCCUUCUGGCAGCCAUGAGAGGACUACACGUUUCCGGGCUCGGUGUUAUUUAAUUUAUCAGAAUGAGCUGUAUCGGAAGGGAUCAGAUGGCUUACUGCUCCUAUGUCCCAGCGCCAAGGAUAUCAAGGUCAUCAUGACUGAAUCCCACGAGGGGAUUUGUGGUGCUCAUCAGUCUGGGGUCAAGAUGAGGUGGUUAGUUCGGAGGCACGGCUAUUACUGGCCGACCAUUUUGAAAGAUUGCAUAGAAUAUGCGAAGGGAUGUAUCAACUGUCAAAUCUACGGCCCCAUACAAAGGGUACCGGCCGAAGCCCUCCACCUGAUUACCAAACCAUGGCCGUUCAGAGGGUGGGCCGUAGAUAUCAUCGGCAAAAUCCAUCCGGCUGCAUCCAACCAACACGCAUGGAUUUUGGUGGCGACCGACUAUUUCACCAAAUGGGUCGAGGCCGAGUCCUAUCGGUCAAUAUCCAGCACACAGGUGGUCAAAUUCUUUGAGAAUCACAUCGUUCACCGGUUCGGUAUUCCAGAAACUAUCAGGGCCGAUAACGGCCCGCGGUCGGCCACGGGCACAUCCCCUUACGCCUUAACCUACGGUCACGACGCCAUCGUCCCAAUGGAGUUAAAGGUUCGGUCUCUUCGCGUGGCCGAACAGCCUGGGCAAGAAAGGGGGAAUUGUGCACAAGCCAUGGUUCAGGAGUUGGAAGAUUUGGAGCAGUCUAGACUCGACGCCUAUAACCUAAUGCAGGCAUAG